CCCUGAUCUCGGUCGGGGUCUGGGCAGCACCUGGCACAACGGGGCCCUGAUCUCGGUCGGGGUCUGGGCAGCGCCCGGCACAACGGGGCCCUGAUCUCGGUCGGGGUCUGGGCAGCGCCCGGCACAACGGGGCCCUGAUCUCAGUCGGGGUCUGGGCAGCGCCCGGCACAACGGGGCCCUGAUCCGGUCGGGGUCUGGGCAGCGCCCGGCACAACGGGGCCCUGAUCCGGUCGGGGUCUGGGCGGCGCCUGGCACAAUGGGGACCCUGAUCCCAUUUGAGAUCUGGGCAGUGCCAGGCACGACAAGGCCCCCAGUCUUGGUCAGGGUGUGAAAGGCAAACGAUGUUUAAUGUAAACUGGGGGGGCGGGUGCUGGGGGUGGCUGUUUUCACAAGUGUCUGUCAGUUUGGGGUGCUGGCUCCUGCAGCUGCCAGGCGCCCUGAGCAAAGCGCAGUUUCCUAUCUGACCUCGCUGCUGAGCCUGACUCCCCCUGACUCCGUCCCCCACCCCCGCCCGGGGCUGGAGUGGGGCCCGGAGAUGGCUGCAUCCCUGCAGUUUGGGUGGAGACACGCUGCAAAGACCCACCUUCCCCAGGACAACUGAGCACCCCCGCCCCUUAACCCUCUGUCUCCCGGAGGCUUGGACAAUGGGCUUCGGGGCAGGCUCUGAAGGGGGCUGAGCUGCUCAGCCGUUCCCACCCUCCUCCUCCUGUGUCUGGGCCUAACCGAUUACGUGCAGCAGGGCGGGGGCUGCAGAGGGGGCGCAGCCCGCCCGGAGCUGCACGGCUUAAGCUGAGUGCAGGGCAGGAGGCCUGGGUGGUUUCACUCGCUCCAUUCUGCAUCUGUGGCCCUAACUAAAGAGGUGAUUUGAACUGGUUUCGUUAGACUGGCCCGGUUUCAGUGUGGACGCUCGGAUUUCGACUGAAGUCGACUGGGAACAGGUCUGAGUUAAACCGAAAUAAACCCGGCUCCAGCUGAAAAGGGGCCCCUACCCUGGGUUCAAACCUGGUCCGGCCUCAGAUGGCGGGUUACCUGUGUCUCGCCGCGCUCCUCCUGGCGGCUCUGCCGACCCGCUAUGCCAGCCCGCUCUCCUCCAGCUCCUCCCUGCGCUUCAUCGCCCUGGGGGACUGGGGCGGGGUGUCCAAUCCCCCCUUCCACACGGCGCGCGAGGUGGCCACAGCCAAGGAGAUGGGCCGCACGGUGGCAGCGCUGGGCGCAGACUUCAUCCUGUCCCUCGGGGACAACUUCUACUACAACGGGGUGCAGGACGUCAAUGACAAGAGGUUCCAGGACACCUUUGAGGCCGUGUUCAAGGCGCAGCCGCUGCGCAAGGUGCCGUGGUACGUGGUGGCCGGGAACCACGACCACUCGGGGAACGUCUCGGCUCAGAUCGCCUACAGCAAGGUCUCCAAGCGCUGGAACUUCCCCAACUACUACUACAGGCUGAAGUUCAAGGUUCCCCAGAGCAACGCCACGGUGGCUCUGCUCAUGAUCGACACCGUCACCCUGUGCGGGAACUCGGAUGACUUCCAGAGCCAGCAGCCCCAGCAGCCCCGGGACGUGGGGCUGGCCCGCAGCCAGCUGGCCUGGCUUCGCAAGCAGAUGGCUGCCUCCCAGGACGACUACUUGCUGGUGGCCGGCCACUACCCAGUGUGGUCGGUGGCCGAGCACGGCCCCACGCAUUGCCUGGUCAAGCACCUGCAGCCGCUGCUGCUCAAAUACGAGGCCACCGCCUACCUGUGCGGCCACGAUCACAACCUGCAGUACCUGCAGGACAAGGCUGGCGUGGGCUACGUGCUGAGCGGGGCUGGCAACUUCAUGGAGAACUCGCGGAAGCACUAUCACAAGGUGCCCGAGGGCUACCUGCGCUUCUUCUACGCCGAGCCGGCGUCCCUGGGCGGCUUCGCCUACGUGGAGAUCGACGGCAAGGAGAUGAGCGUCACCUACAUUGAGGCCAGCGGGAAGUCCCUGUACAAGACCUCCCUGCCCCGGAGGAGCCGCCGCUGAGACCCCUCCGUGCGCACCGAUCUAGGAGGGCACAGGAAGUGGGGGUUCAGAGCUCCCUCCUCUUUCGUUUGGGGCUGAGGGAACUGCUGCGGGGGGCACGGAAGCUGGCUGAUUUUUAAGGCUCCUGCGUCUGAUCCCUGGGGGAAUCCUCCCCUCGCCCUCUGUAGCCCCCAGGGUGCCCCCCUAGGCUUUGCAAACACCUCCUCCCCUGCACCCACUAGCUGGCUGGAGAAGCCCCCCCAGUUCAUUGUCUGAUCCCCUCUUCCCCCCUCACUAGAUCACUCCAGCCCCCUUGCCCCCCCCGAGAUCCGGGUUUGACUCCUGGCUGUGCCAGAGUCCCCUGAGCGACCUCGUCUUCCUCUCUUUAGGCACCAGCUAACGGCCCUUUCAUGCUCCCCCCUUGGCCUGCCGAGGCUGUAAAUUCCUUGGGGGCUGCGAUACCCUUCCCUAAGAACCACUGCGCUCAGGAGAGAUAGUCCCUCGCCCCGCCACCUGGGGGCGCUACACCCUUCCUCCCCCUUCUCUUCUCAGGUGCAAACUCCUCGGAGCCACCUGCUGUGGCUGGGAAGCUGAUUAUUAUUUUUUUCUCUUGCUGACCCGUAAACUGUGUUGUGCCAGACGAGGACUCAGUGCUGCCCAAGUCUGAGCUCGUGCUGGUGUUUGCGUUUUCUGAGAUGAUUGUUUUUAACCCUCAUAUACGGACCGGUCCUGUGUGCUUCCUCCCCGUCUACAGUUAACAAGGGGCGUGCGAUCCCCAUGUGUCUGUCAAAGACUUCUCAGCUCUGGAGAAACGUCUCCUUUACCCUCUGCAGUAUUGCACCUGUGAUCUGCUGCUCCCUGAAGGGAACAGAGUCUUCGAAGUGAUUUUCUUGGGACUAUUUUCAAUAAAUUAUAUUUUAAAAAGUC